CUGGGGGUCCGUGUCUCUCUGCUGACACCCCCCCUCCCCGCAGUGCUGCGAUGCUGCUGGCCGGGCUGGCCGUGGCGCUGGCCCUGCUGCUCUGGGCCUGGCACCGCCGCCCGGGGGGCGCAGGAUCCUGGGGGCUCGUUCUCCGGCACUGGCUGGCACUGCGGGUGCUGGGCUGGGCCGCGGGCUGGCAGCGCUGGCACCUGGAGCAGGCGUCCCAGGACGUGCGGCAGAGCCAGGAGCGCCUCCUGCUGCGGCUGCUGGGGGGAGCCAGGGCUGCGGAGCCAGGCUCGGCCGCGUUCCGGGCGCGUUGCCCCCUGGCAGAGCGCGGCUCCAACGGGGGCAAGACCCCUGCCCACCCGGCACUGCCGACGGGGCCCUGGGCUCUGCUUCGGAGCAGCUGCACCGCGGACUCCCCCCUGCAGGGGCCCGUGUUGUACCUGGACGUCCUGAGCAGAGUCUUCCCGGAGGCCCUGAGCCCGCGGGGCACUGCCCGCUUCUCCUGGGCCGGGGGCUGCUCCCAGCCUGCCGCAGCCUGGGCACUGCCCAUCCUGUACAGCACUCCAGAGGAGGCAGGCACGGUGCCCUCGCACACUGCAGCCCUGUACGUGCAGCUGCUGUUUGCCCUGCGGGAGCGGGCGCUGCGGGCGCUGGAGGCCGGGCUGGUCUCGGAGCUGUAUGAUGCCCUGGGUGUGCUGCGCGCCGGCUGGGAGGGCCUGGCGCAGGACCUGGCCUCGGGGAGGCUGAGUCCCCACCUGGAGCUGCCUGAGGGGACCCGGCGCCGGCUGGAGCAGCUGCUGGCUCCGGACGCAGCGCGGGCGGCGGAGCUGAGGGCAGAGUGCACCAGGGGCUGGGACGGCGUCGCCCGGCGCCUGUGGCCGCGGCUCCAGGUGGUGGUGGUGGCAGAGCCCAGCAGUGAGCAGCUCUAUGGGGAGGCCCUGCGGGAGCUGGAGUGCCAGGGCCUCCCCUUCUACUGCCCCUUCUACAGCGCCGCAGGAGCUCUGCUCGGGGUGAACCUGUGGCCGGAGCAGCCCGACUCCCGCUACCUGCUGUGCCCAGGCUGGGCUUUCUGCGAGUUCCUGCCGGCGGGGCCGGGCGCUGAGGGGCCCCCGGAGACCGUGCUGCUGGCGGACGUGCAGGAGGGCCAGGAGUAUGAGCUGGUGCUGACGGACCAGGCUGGAUUGUCCAGGUGCCGCGUCGGGGAGGUGCUGAAGGUGGCGGAAUUCCACAACCAGUGCCCCGUGGUGCGGCCCGUGCGCAGGCUGAGCCAGACCCUGAGCGUGCGUGGGGAAGGCGUCCCUGAGGAGCGCUUCUACCGGAGCCUGUGCCGUGCUGUGGCCAUGUGGCCAGGAGCCCGGCUGGUCGACUACGUCUGCGCAGAGAGCAGCCUUCUGGGUGCCUCCUCCGGGGUCUGCGCUCCCCAUUACCAGGUGUUCGUGGAGCUGCGGGGCCUGCGUGAUCUGUCGGAGGCGCAGCGCUAUAAGCUCGAUCAGUGUCUCCAGGAGGAUUUUCCUGUCUACAAAACCUUCCGCUUUAAGGGCAGCAUUGGGUCGGUGCGGCUGCACCUGGUGGCGGCUGGGGCCUUCAGGGAGCUACGGGAUGCUGCGGGCUCCCCAGGCCCCAUGGCCAGAGUCCUGAGGGAGAAGCGCCUGCUGCACUUCAUCCAGAGCAGAGUCGUCUCAUGAGGCCGGCCAGCCUUGCGGUGCCGUUGGCCCAGCGUGCCCUCGCUCGGGCUCUGUGCUUGUGCUGCUGCUUGCAGGGGGGUCCCUGGUGUGGGGGCUGUGGGGCAGGAGGCUGAGGAGGUCCCGUGGCUAGGGUGGGGGCGGCUCCCUGUUGGGCAGAGGCUGCGCACAGAGCUGGUGGGAGGCAUGCACAGCGUUUCAUGGUGCUACCGCAGGCUGGGGUGCCCUGUUGGUGCGCUGCAUCCUACGUGGCCUCCCCGCCACAGAGCCUGCUGAGGGGAGCAGCGGGCCCCCGCCUGCAGCCCAAGGGCAUGGGGCAGAGUGGAGAAGUUGCCUGACCCCUCCCCUGAGGCCUGCCAGCUCCCUGCGUUCGGGGCCAGACCUGCUGGCCAAGCUGCCCCAAGCAUGGCCCUGUCGGGAGCCGCUUGUCCACCAGAUGGCGCCAGCCUCAAGUUCACCUGCCAACGUGGUGCCAGGUGCUGGCUGGUUGGAGACCCAGCCCCCGGCGUGGGGAGGAGCAGAGCUGGUGCCCAGGUGGGGAAGGAGGUUUGCCCGGGGCAGGGGGUUGAAGAGAAUGAGGCGGCUAGUGAGAUCAGGGCUGAUCGCUAAAGGGAAGCACCUGCCCCAUCCCCACAGCCCCACAGGGCAGGGCUGGUCUCCCCGUGGCACAGCUUGGGGGCUGUGGGGCAGAGCCAGGAAUCGAACUCCGGAUAAGGCUCUGAGCAUUGCACCCUACUUCCUCCAUCAGCAGAGUUUGCUCCUGCCGUCUCCUCCCUGGCAGCAUGAGGGCUGGCUGGCUGGCUGCAGAGGGAGCUGCCCCCUGGCUGGAAUUUCUCCUCUCCCUUGGCUUCGUGACUGUGAUCCUCCCUGACACAUUUAUCUCCAGGCGCUCUGCUUGUGCCGUUUGCCCCAGGCUCUGCCUCUGCAGCACCCCUGGAAUGCAGCCACCUCUGGGGUGGAAGGUGGCGGCUGCAGAAGGGAGGCCAAAGACAUGGGGCAAUCUCUGAUCUUCUACGGGGAACCACCCCUGGAUCCUGGGGCUUGCACAGCACUCACAAGCCCUUGGUUUGCAGGGCUGGGAACCAAAUCACUCUGCUCCAUGGAGCUGAGCUGGGCCUGGUGGGAGCUGCAGGGCAGGUAUGGAUGUCUCACCUGGUGCUUACUAACCUGGCCCCUGGCUUGAAGCUCCGAGCUAUGGUGUCCCAGCACCUGGGUCACGCAGUGUCGGAUCUGCUCGCAAACAGCAAAUCCUGCGCUUGUGCGGCCCUGCAAGGCAGGGGCUGGGGCUGGCACUUGGGAAGCUGAGAUUUCCGGCAGCCCGUAAGCUGCUCUGCAGCAUGUGCCCUCUGGUUUAUGAAACAAUGAGCUGGGGGUUGGGGGGGCUGCUUUUAAUGUUUCAAAAAGCAAAAUAAAGACGGAUAAUCUCUGAACACAA